UCACUGUAACAAAAUAGUCUAGCUUUUAGUUAAUUUAAUUUUUCUUUUACAGUAUUUUGAAAACUUAUAUUCUCGGUAGAUAUUUAAAAGGAUAAUUCCCCCAAAAAAGGAAAUUCUGUCAUAAUUUACUCACCCUUAAGUUGUUCCAAACCUGUAUACAUUUAUUUCCUCUGCUGAACACAAAGGAAGAUAUUUGUAAUCAAGCAGGAAACAGGAGCACCACUGACUUCCAUAGUAGGAAGAAAAUAGUAUGGAAGUCAAUGGUGCUCAAAAAUGGUUUGGUUACAAACAAUGCUCAAAAUAUUUGAAUAUAUUGUGUUUAGCAGACCAAAGAGCUAUGAGCUAUUGGUUACAUUUAUACAAACUUUCAGUGCAGUGAAAUUAUUAUCUGUAGCGUUCAAUGGAGAUUUAGUUAUGUAAAUAAUGGACAGCUGACAGUAAGUCAUAUCAAUUCCAGAACACCACAGUCAUCCUCUGUCAUUUAUAGCUUCUCGUGUCACAAACAGAUUUUAGCACUGAAGGGUUGCCAAAGUGUCUCCAGACAAUUGAUUUACUAAAAAAAAAACUUGAUUUAAGGAAUGCAUACUUCAAUUAUUUAUCCAAUAUAGGCUACAACAACUCAUAAUCUAUUUAAAGAUAGUAUUAGUCCACAAAAUUAACAAUGUUGUAAAGGUGCCUAAAAAAAACAAUUAUUCUGUCACUUUCUGUAACAAAGCAACUCUUGACACAUUGCAGGUCAGAAAAACAGAGCACUCAUAACCAUCAAAUCAUUUCUGUAUUUGAAGUUGCAUGGCUUAUGUAAUAUGUCAAACUUUUUAACAUAUUCAUUUUAGCCAUUUAACCUAAAUACAUUUAAAUGAGAAUAUAUACACGCAAUGAACCGAUGUAUAAACAAAUAUGUGACAUUUAAACGCCAUCGAAUUCAAAUUCAAAGAAAUGAAAUUUCUUUGAUAAAACGCCAAAAGUCCCGCUUAGUGUGCGUGGGUAAAUAUCAACCGAUCUGCCCCCGCGUGUUUACGGGACGUCCGUCAAUCACACGAGUUUUUAGAGCUGCAGGUGCGCGGAAUCCUGCCCGAGUCUCUGGCGUAAGCUCCACCCACCAAUGCAAACGAUUUAAGAAAAGUCGCGGUCGAAAGCUGAACUACGUUACUGACGAAUUUCAAAACUCGAAAGAUCUGAAAGAGGGCAGGACGCGCUCCAAUACUUUCUACUAUGUGUUCAGAUGAGGAGCGCACUAUGACCGGGGGCUCCGGUAACGGAAAGUUGCGUCAGUGGCUGAUCGAGCAGGUGGACAGCGGAAAAUACCCCGGUCUCGUGUGGGAAAACGAGGAGAAGAGCAUCUUCAGGAUUCCCUGGAAGCACGCGGGCAAGCAGGACUAUAACAGAGAUGAGGAUGCCGCGCUCUUCAAGGCUUGGGCGCUGUUCAAAGGCAAGUACCGGGAGGGCAUUGACAAACCAGAUCCGCCAACGUGGAAAACGCGCCUUCGGUGCGCUCUUAAUAAGAGCAAUGACUUCGAGGAGAUCGUGGAGCGCAGUCAACUUGACAUAUCGGAUCCCUAUAAAGUGUACAGGAUCGUUCCAGAGGGAGCCAAAAAAGGUCCCAGAUCUGUAGAAGAAUCACAGUCUAAUUCAGCCUCACCCAGUUACCCAAUACACCCGACCUAUGCAGCUGCACCAUCUCAGGUGUGCAACUACAUUUCUCCAGCAGAGAGAGGAUGGAGAGAUUUCUCCCCACUGUCUGAAAUCCCUUACAGCCAGACCACCUACAGUGCACGCUGGGACCCUGGAUACCAGUUCAGUGGUUCGUUCUACAGUUGCAAUGCAUCAGAUACACAACCCUCACCUUUCUCCCUGGACUCCAGCAUGAGGUCUUCUGAGGCGUUGGCCCUCUCAGAUUACCGCAUACACGUGAUGGUGUUUUACCGGGAUACUUUGGUACGAGAGGUAACCGUCAGUAGCCCAGAGGGUUGUCAGCUUGGCCCUAGCAGAGAGGGACAGGGCUACAUUUCACCUGGGACCCCCGAGCUGGUGGAACUCCCUCAUGCUGAAGGGACAUCUCUGGAGCGCGGCGUUCAGCUCUGGAUGACCCCGGAUGGGCUGUACGCCCGUCGUCGUUGCCCCUGCAGGGUUUACUGGGAGGGAGCUCAUGCACCACCUUCUAACAAACCCAAUAAACUGGAGAGAGACCAGACUUGUAAACUUCUGGACACCCAGCUGUUCAUCACAGAGUUACAGACUUAUUCCCUGCAUGCUCGCCCUGCCCCACGUUCACAAGUGCUACUGUUCUUUGAGGAUGAGGGAUCCGAAACACAAAGACCCAAGAGGACCUACACAGUGCAGAUUGAGCCGCUGUUUGCUCGUCAGCUUUUCUUCCUCGCUCACCCUGGAAGCAUGAACUAUAUCCGCACCCAUGACUUUUCACACCUGCCACCUGAACACACCCUCAACCCAGGCCAAGAUUUUCACAGAGUCAUCACGCAUCACCAUAACAACGCUCCUCAAAAUUGACCCUUGAACAGCGUUGUUUUUAACACUGGGUUAAAGUCAAGUUUUAUUCCUGGGCUAAGCAACGUUUACACUCGCAUGAACGUAUGAAAAUGGUGCUAUCAUGGCUUUUAACUCUAGUUUGUGCACGAAAUCAAUGUUAGGACCGUUUGAAGAGACAUUUUCAAAGAUGGACAAGCAAUUACAACAGGUUGUGUGCUUAUUAGUUUCUCUAGGGGUCAAAUAUAAAAAUGUUAAUCCAGAAUUUACAGACGCACAGCGUGAAAUCAUUGUGGACGGCAAAAUGCACAGUGACUACCCAGUGAAACAUACCCAUGAAUUGUGUGAGACAUGGAACAAACCCAGGAUUAUGCUAACAUAGGGUUAAAAUGAAAAAGCUCAUACAUUUUGGAAGCUAAAGCUUAACUGACUUAAAUCUGCAGCAAUGGCUUGGAAAUGCUGCAGUGGGGCAAAAUCAUGUCCAAAAUCUCUUGUGCUAACAGACAGUAUCAGACUAAAAGACUGUAUUUGUUUAAUACUGAGAAUGAAUGAUGUGGCUGUGUACAACUCACAUGAAUGAAUGAUUGUAUCAGGUCAAGAAAUGUUUGCGGAAAUGAAUGUAAAUUGUGCAUAUAAGCUGUGCACGAUUCCUUGUACCAGUGUUAUGUUUGAUUGAGCUGUAAUGAAACUACUUUUGGAAUGUAAAGGGACAAGAUUUGAAUGUAUAUAUGCUAUGUAUGUAUGGGCAGUAUUUGUUUUUUAGAAAAUGUGAAAACCUUUCAGUAUUCAAAUGUUUUUUAUACAUGUGUUUUUU